AAAUCCAGCUUCCAUCAACAUAAUCCUGAUAGGGAAAACAAAACUUCCCCGUCAAACAUCACACCUUUAACUCCGCCAAACAGUUCUUCCGAUCUGACCUUGAUUUCUACAACUAAAGACAAUAAUAUGAUCAACGAUGGUUUAGAACUAACUACAACAAGUGAUGUAUUCAACAUGGAUUCUCUAGGAGCAGAAACACAUGAGGAACCGGUUUAUUUUUCAGUUCCAGAGGAUAACAAAUUUUUUAAAUCUAAGUUUGAGCUCUUCGAGGGAGAAAACUCAUCAAGAAACAGGGAGGGAGAAAAGUCAUCAAGAAACAGGGUAAAAUCUGGAUCUAAAAACAAAUUCAUCAUGGAAAACUACACACCCUCAAUAUUUAACAACUUCAAGACUUUAACUUCAAGACCUUUAAUCAAAUAUUACGGAGAUCAAGAUCAAACCUUUUCUCAACUCAAUCCAGACCUCGCAGCAUCAGGCAGGUUAAAGAUCAAUUCGGAAAAGAAUUACCUAUAUUUUCCUGAUACACCAACAACAACCAAAACCAUGACAACAUCAAUCUCAACUAAAACUACAACAACAGCUACAAAAACAAUUUCCAUAACGGACAGACCAUAUUUUCCUAUAAAACCAUUUCGGCCAAGUUUUAAUAUUGUAAAGAAAGGACAAGUUCCAAUUCCUCCUCCUAGAACAGUAUUAUCGCAGGCCAUUAAUACGGUUGCCAAACUGAGUUUAGCACAUGAUGAAAAAGUAACAUCCUCUACUUCUUCAACUGAAAUGGAAACAGCAAACCCCCAACAACCUCAACAAUUUCCAUCGAAUAAAGAUGUUUUUAAAACUCAAGAACAAAAUACAAUGGAGGAGAUUAUAAAAUCACUUCAACAUCAACAGCCGCCAUUGUUCUUUUCAAUCCAAAAUUCGACUGGAUUUAAGUCAACAACUCCCUUUCUCCUACCUUUUAUCAUCCAAGAUCCAACAACCGUUACUCCAACCCUUCUUCCUCUAAACCUAACAGUUUCUUUAAAAAAUGAAUCCAUAACAAAGUCAUCAAUUUCUUCUGAGAGUGACCUGCUAAAAUUUAUCCACAAUUUAGUUCAAGAAGCCACUCAACAACAAAAUAAUUCCAGACCUCUUGUCAACAAAGCAGCAGAGACAAACAAUUCAUCAUCGCUCACUCAAAACAUUUUGAAAAUUCAGAAUGGACAGAUGAUUUCCAUUGCUGAUGAAAAUAAGAUUUUUGAGCAGUCAACUGUAAACCCUAAAACAGAAGAACUUCAUCAAAUGCUGAAAAAUGUUGCUCAAGGACUUCCAUUUAUAUUUUUUCCCGCAAAUACAAUAAAAAGCAAAGAAGUGUCUGCAAUAAGUACAACAGCUGUGCCUACAAAUACAAUAAGUACAACUGCAGUGCCCACAAAUACAAUAAGUACAAAUGCAGUGCCCGAAAAUACAAUAAAUACAACAGCAGUGCCCGCAAAUACAAUAAGUACAACUGCAGUGCCCGCAAAUACAAUAAGUACUUCAUUAGUGUACGCAAAUACAAUGAGGAUAACAGCAGUGCCUGAAAAUGAAAUAAAAACAACAUCAGUGCCUGUAAAUACAACGGAAAGCUCUACAACAACAACAACAACAACAGAAACUGCUUCUCCGAAAACCACAACAGUAACAAUCACAAAAUCAACAUUUGCAACAACAGCUCAAACAACCUCAGUUACAGAAAGAUUGAAAAACAAUAUAGAAUUUAAAAUACAAGAAUCAACUCCUUUACCUAUUUUACCUUUAGGGACAACACUUAAAACGACGACCUCCACAACAACGGAAGCCACAACACCAACUCCAUUAGAUAUGUCAGCAGGAGGUAUUAUAACACGAAUCCUAUCUGGUGCUGCUGCUCCGCUAGCCGGCCUGUCAGCUGCUACACUAGCCUACACGGCUGCAGCCAUGAUGCCGGUCUGGCUUCCAUUAGCUCUGGGCAGGAGGAAGCGAGACAUCAUGGAAGAAAUUCAAAUUCCAGAUUCUCUAAAACGUUCACCAAACUGGGAUAAUAUUUCGACCUAAAACUGACAUCAAUGCAAUUGGAGACUGAUCAAUAAACAGUUUUAGUUUAACCUACAAACUAACCUUUUGAAAAGGAACAGAACGAUUUUGUUGUUUUAUAGUGAUCACCGAUCGAUGUGAAGAAAAACAUUUAAAUACAUAUCUCACAAAUUUAUAAUCAUCCAAAUUAAAUGUACUUUUUACAAGGGGUUAAAUUUAACCUAAAUUUGAA